CCAGCCAGCGUCGGCCUCCGCCCGGCCUUCGCCGCCUCGGUGUUCCGUCCGCGAUGGCGCUGCAGGGCGUGCGGGUGCUGGAGAUGGCAGGCCUGGCGCCGGCGCCUCUGUGCGGCCUGAUUCUGGCCGACUUCGGGGCGCAGGUGGUGCGGGUGGACCGCCGGCCCCGCCGGCCCCUGGCCUCGGACGUACAAAGCCGCGGGAAGCGCUCGCUGGCGCUGGAUCUGAAGCAGCCCCAGGGCGCCUCCACGCUGCGCAGGCUGUGCCAACGAGCGGACGUGCUGGUGGACCCCUUCCGACCAGGUGUCAUGGAAAAACUUGGUCUUGGUCCAGCUAUCCUCCUUCAGGAUAAUCCCAGACUCAUCUAUGCCAGGUUGACAGGAUUUGGCCAGUCAGGAAAAUAUGUCAAAUUGGCUGGCCAUGAUAUCAACUAUCUGGCAGUGUCAGGUGUGUUGUCUAAACUUGGCAGAAAAAAUGAAAAUCCUUAUGCUCCUGUCAAUCUUCUGGCUGAUUUUGCUGGCGGAGGAGUUGUAUGCGCAAUGGGUAUCAUCAUGGCCUUGUUUGAACGUACAAAAUCUGGGAAGGGUCAGGUCAUUGAUGCAAGCAUGGUAGAAGGGGCAGCGUAUCUAAGUUCUUUUCUGUGGAAAUCUCAAAACUCAGGCCUCUGGAACGGAGCACGUGGGGAGAACCUGCUGGACAGCGGAGCCCCUUUUUAUGAAACAUACGAGACCUCAGAUGGGAAAUUCAUGGCGGUUGGUGCACUGGAACCUCAUUUUUAUGAGCAGUUCAUCAGAGGUUUGGGACUGGAUCUUCAUAAACUUCCCAGUCAGAUGAGUUUCUCUGACUGGCCUGAAAUGAAGAAGAUGUUUGCAGAUGUAUUCAGAAAGAAAUCCCAAGCAGAAUGGUGUGAAGUCUUUGAUGGCAUAGAUGCCUGUGUGACCCCAGUGUUGACUUUUGAUGAAGUUGCCUUGCACCCACAUAACAAACAGCGUGGUUCUUUUCUUAAAAAUGAUCAGGAGGAGAUAAGUCCUAGACCAUCCCCCCUUCUGUCCAGAACUCCAGCUACACCUUCGUUCAAGAGGGAUCCUUUGAUAGGAGAACACACUGAAGAGGUUCUCCUGGAGCAUGGUUUUUCCAAGGAAGAGAUUUCACAGCUCUGUUCCCUCCAAGUAAUUGAAUUAAAUCACCCUAAAGCGAACUUGUAAUAUGAAACUCUGCGAAUCAAGGGUCUUUCUUGGGCUAAACACAUUAUUUCUUCUAGCAGGAUAUGUCCAGUUUCAUCUAAACCUUCUGAAUUUGCAUUCAUAGUUUGCCAUGCCUUCUAAACAACCCUUUUAAAAUGAACUGAAUUUCUACAAAUAGUUAGGAUUUGUAAUCUCUUAGUAAUGACUGAACAAUCGUGUUAAUAAAAUGUGCUAUUGUGGUGGCAAAAUCUCACUGUAAGAAAUAAGUCAGUGAUUUCAGAGGUCCAAACUCACAACUCAGGGAGUUGAUUUGAAACACAGAAAGAUUUGCACACACAUUUAUUUUAACUCUUCAUGAGGGUUAAACAAGAAUAGACUUGGAAUAUCUGCAGAACAAACAGGUAUAGUGUAAUUGUUGCGUAGUACAAAACAGAAACCAGAAUUUCUGGUUGGCUGGGGGAUUCUGAGAGUUGAAGUCCACACCUUAGAGUUGCUAAGGUUGAGAAACACUGCUAAAGGAGAACACUAUCCUUUCCUCUCCCCCUUGCUUUCCAAUUGCCAGGGGUUGCUGGGUUUCCCAUAGCCCUUGAACUGAGGGGAGAAACACCCAGCCCGUCUUCCAACCAGACACCCAUCACCACUGUAACUCGGUCCAUCCACCUUGCUGCUGGUCGUCCACUUCUCUUUCCUUCCACCUCUCCCAGCAUGACAGCCUUCUCCAGAGAGCUGGGUCUUCGCAUAAUGUGUCCAAAAUUGGUUUUGAUACUGUGUUUCCACUUGCUACUUGGCUGAGUCACUUUUUUCUUUUCUUUUUCAAAGGCCAUUACUCUGCUCCAGUUAUGUGCUAGAUGUAUAGUGCUUUGAAAGGGAAAAGGUGCUUCAGAGCAAGCACAGAUGUUCCCAUCAGAUUGGGGCAGUCCAUAAAAACUGCUAAUAAAUAAGCUGCAUGACUCAGCCAGCUUGCUUCAAUUCUGGGAGUUGAAGUCCACACACCUUCAAGCUGCCAAGGCUGAGAAACACUGGUUUAAGGAGUUGCCAACAAGUGCUGUAUGUAUUCCCAUGCACCCAUUCUCCUUUGGAGCCAAAGUAUUGCACAGCCCUGUAAUGUUCUACUUUAGAAAUCUGUCCGUAAGAGUGUGUGUGUGUGUGUGUGUUUUAAUCAAUGAAAUCUUAUUUUGAUUAACAAUCAGGAAAUUACAAAAACAUAAUUAAAAAGGAAAAAUGAAAACACUUCAA